GUGGGAGGAGUGUGUGUAUGUCUUCCAUUAGGAAAAUUAAAGAUAAAGGACAAUGAAGAAGGUAGCGAUGGGGCUUGCCCUGGGAACAGCUUUGUGAGUUUUGCAGCUUGCACAGGUGGCCUGUUCCAGGAAGCUCAAGCUCAAGCUUUCUUGCAGGACUUACACUGCCCCCCAGCUCCCUGGGCUGCUGAAACCUGAGCACCAUCCUGGUUCAUCCCAAAGUGGUUGGGAUGAGCUGGCUUUCUGGAUAAUGGGUGGCUUCUGUAGAGAGGUAUGAAGGGGUUCUUUUCUCUGUGACUCCACCCUUAGCCCCCUUCCCUUUCUCUUAGGGAGUUCCAGGAAUUGCCAGAGGUCAGGACACCUUGGGCGGUGACUGCAGAAUCUUGCCACUGAGCUCUGAUGUAUCUGCACUGCAGCAUUGUAUGCUGCUUGAAGGAUCUCCAAGGCUGGUCUCAGCAACUGUCUGGACAGUGGGGCCCACUUUGGGCCUGUUUCCUGCCUAUUUCUGGCGGCAUCAGCCUAGCCCAACAAGAGGAGCGUCUUAAGAGAACAGGAAUCUUACACCUACAUGCUCCUGCUAUCUGGGGGAUAACUUAAGGUUACAGACCUUGAUGUCUGCCUCAGGUCCACUACUCUUUCUACUACCCAAAGUGUGGGCUGGUAACAAAUCACAGCAGGAGUGGCUAGCCCAUCUGAUAGACGGCCCCAUCUCGUGGUUCCUGUCCUAGGGCCUCCCUAGUUCUCGUUCUCGCUUGUCCUGAGCCUAGUGUCGGGAGGAACUGACCACUGUGAGUUGGGAGGAGAGCAGUUCUCCCCUUCCGUGUCUUCACUCAGUUGCCAUCAUAUUAGGUUCCGUCACGCUGCUCUGAAGUGGGCCGCUGGCUCGGACGCCUCGCGAGUCCACGCCACACAGCUCUCCGCUGCGGAAGGAAGCUCGGCUCACCCGACUGCCGCGACCUGGUUGUGGCCCCGUGAACGCGGCAGAUGCCCGGUGGGGGCAGAGUUCCCGGCCAGGGCUGGGAAAUGGUCGCAGAAUACCUAUUUUGGGGGAGGACCGAGGGCAGAAGGAGAGCAACAGUCUUCAGGAGGUUGAAAGUACAGAGACAGCCCUGGGCUGCGUGGAGGUUGCUGUCCUCUGCCUUCCCCAGGUAAACAUGGGGCGGGGACCGCGGCGCGGGUCCCUCGCUGCCCCUCGGAACCUAGAACAGGGCGCGCAGCCGCCGCGCAGCCUGGAAAGGGCAGCUGUCAAGGAGCCCGCCGCGAGAAGCCGCCUUUGUGGUUGCUGUUAGAAAUAUUCACGAUGCAUUGAGCCAAUCAGUGCCCGAACAGUUCACGGCACACCAAUCGGCUUCCCGCAUGCAGAUAAGCAUCCUAGCCCGGAGGUUUUUCCUUAAGUAGGCGGAGACGGCACUGGCUGGACACGGAACCCUGAGGCGGAGGAGCUCAGUUUCCGGGGGAGCGUGCCGGCGCCACUGGCCUGCGAACGUCACUUCCUAUGAAGCGGGCGGAAGUCGCUUCUGAGCGCGUUGGGGUUUGGAGUGAGUUCCGGUGGCCGCGCGGGUGACUGCGUUGUGUUGGGGCCGGAGAGUUGCGAUGGCGGCGGUGGAUGCGGAUGUCGAGUCGCUGCCGCGUGGGGGUUUCCGCUGCUGCCUCUGCCACGUUACUACAGCCAACCGACCCAGCCUAGAUGCCCAUCUGGGAGGCCGGAAGCACCGGCAUCUGGUAGAACUAAGAGCUGCCCGAAAGGCACAGGGACUUCGAAGUGUGUUUGUCAGUGGCUUUCCUCGGGAUGUGGGUUCUGCUCAGCUCUCUGAAUACUUCCAGGCAUUUGGUCCUGUGGCCAGUGUUGUCAUGGACAAGGACAAGGGCGUGUUUGCCAUCGUGGAGAUGGGGGACGUGAGUUCCCAGGAAGCUGUCCUGGCUCAGCCCCAGCACAGCCUGGGCGGCCAUCGCCUGCGAGUCCGGCCACGAGAGCAGAAAGAGUUCCAGAGUCCAGCAUCCAAAUCCCCCAAAGGCGCUGCCCCUGACAGUCACCAGCUGCUCAAAGCCCUCGCGGAGUCGCCAGAUGUGGGGGCCCAAAUGAUCAAGCUCGUGGCGCUAAGGGAGUUGUCUGAGGCUGAGCGGCAGCUCCGGAACCUUGUGGUGGCCCUGAUGCAGGAGGUUUUCACAGAGUUCUUCCCUGGCUGCGUGGUCCAUCCUUUUGGCUCAUCUAUAAACAGCUUUGACGUACAUGGCUGUGAUCUCGACCUCUUCCUGGACCUGGGUGACUUGGAAGAGCCCCAGCCAGCCCCAAAAACUCCAAAGUCUCCAUCCUUGGACUCUGCGCUUGCCUCCCCACUGGAUCCUCAAGCUCUGGGCUGCAUCCCAACUUCCCCUCCAGACUCGCAACCUCCAGCUUCUCCUCAAGACUCAGAAGCCCUGGACUUUGAAAUCCCUUCCUCUUCCUUGGCACCCCGGACUCCAGACUCUGCUUUGGCAUCUGAGACCCUUGCCUCUCCCCAGUCCCUGCCACCAGCCUCACCACUGCAGGAAGACCUGGGGGAGAAGGAAUUGGGCAAGGCCCUGGGGGCAGCAGAGGCACUGAAGGGGGAAAGGACAGAGGGUGAAACGGUGCUGGAGCUGGUGGGAUCCAUUCUGCGGGGCUGCGUCCCCGGAGUGUACCGAGUCCAAACUGUGCCCACUGCCCGACGCCCUGUAGUCAAGUUCUGCCAUCGGCCUUCAGGUCUCCACGGUGACGUCUCCCUCAGUAACCGGCUGGCUCUGCACAACUCCCGUUUCCUGAGUCUCUGCUGUGAGCUGGACGCACGUGUUAGGCCCCUUGUCUACACCCUCCGCUGUUGGGCCCAGGGUCGAGGGCUGUCAGGCAGUGGCCCCCUUCUCAAUAACUACGCCCUGACCUUGCUCGUGAUCUAUUUCCUUCAGACCAGGGACCCUCCUGUGUUGCCCACUGUGUCCCAGCUUACCCAGAAAGCAGGUGAGGGAGAACAGGUAGAGGUUGAUGGCUGGGACUGCAGCUUCCCCCGGGAUGCCUCGAGACUGGAGCCCAGCAUCAAUAAGGAGCCCCUGAGUUCCCUGCUAGCCCAGUUCUUCUCCUGUGUGUCUUGUUGGGACCUUCGGGGCUCACUGCUGUCCCUGCGGGAGGGUCAGGCAUUUCCGGUGGCAGGAGGCCUGCCUUCAAAUCUCUGGGAGGGUCUCCGCCUCGGCCCCAUGAAUCUCCAGGACCCUUUUGACCUGAGUCACAACGUGGCAGCCAAUGUGACCAGCCGGGUGGCUGGGCGGCUGCAGAACUGCUGCCGAGCGGCAGCCAAUUACUGCCGAAGCCUCCAGUACCAGCAGCGUUCCUCCAGGGGACGUGAUUGGGGGCUGCUCCCCCUUCUGCAGCCCAGCUCCCCGAGCUUCCUACUGUCUGCAACCCCCAUCCCCUUGCCCUCUGCUCCCUUCCCCCAGCUCACUGUUGUCCUGUUCCAGGUGUUAAGGGAAGCACUGGGGUGCCAGAUAGAACAGGGAGCCAAGAGACUGCGGUCAGAGGGAGGUGGAAGUGGGGAGUCUGCCCAGGGAGGGACAAACAAAAGAUUGAAACUAGAUGGGCAGAAAAAGAGCUGGAAGGAGGAGCAGCAGGGGAGCACAGUGGAUCGCAGCAAAGAUGGAGUGGAAGAAAUGGUGGUAGAGGUUGGAGAGACGGUGCAGGACUGCGCCAUGAGGAGCCCUGGGCAGCCCGGAGAGCCGCCCCUGACCGCCAGGAAUCACCUAGUCUCUGGAGAAAAGGGGCCGUCAGAAGGACAGGAGGCAGUCCAAGAAGGGGCCCAGGGGGAGACAGGGAAGGGGGCGUUGCUGUCCUCAGUGAGCUGGCGCUGUGCCUUGUGGCAUCGAGUGUGGCAGGGACGACGGCGUGCCCGGAGACGCUUGCAGCAGCAAACCAAGGAAGAAGGUGGAGGCCGCCCCGGCACCGGAGCAGAGUGGCUGGCGACUGAGGCUCGGGUGACGCAGGAGCUGAGAGGACUGAGUGGUGCUGAGCAGGGGCCAGAGGCCGAGCCGCUCCUGACCUUUGUGGCCUCUGCCUCCCAGGCUGACCAGACUCUCACCAUGACCCCCCUCCAGGAUUCCCAAGGCCUGUUCCCUGAUCUCUAUCACUUCUUGCAGAUUUUCCUCCCUCAAGCGCUUAGAAAUCUCCUUAGGGACCCUAAAGGGCACUAAAGCUGCUAGUUUAAUAAACACUAGUUUUCUCUGAUUUCCACCUGGUGAUAAUCCUUCCCCCCAGACAUUCCCCCGCCCCAGAUCUUAAUGCAGCCUUCUCAGAGGGGACUGUGCUGGUCACCUUAAGAUAAGUCUCAGUCGUUUCUUUCGUACCAUCGACCACAACUUCCAGAAAGUGCCAGGGAUGGUUUGUGUUUGGCACCUUGUGCCCACUUAGUGGUCUUGAGUGACUGGUUCCUGUUAAGAACCAGGUUUGCCUCCACAUUUACCUUGUUGCUCAGAUUUAUGAAGGGCGCCAGGGCCUGAAAUUUGAGUUUGGGGUUCUUUUUUUCUUUAACCAUACAAUAAUGGGGGUACAGGCCAGAGGCGCGGGAGGGUGAGAGAAUUCAUCAGAGACAGAGCGGGGAGCAGAAAACAGACUGAAACAUUGUUGAGGGGAGCAGCGGGCGAAACAGGAGGGGUCUGCCACUUGUGGGUAUCUCCCUGGCCGCUGGGUAUCUUUGCUGCCGGGAAUCAAGCCGCUUCCCAGCUCUGCGCUC